CUCAAACAAUGGAAUUCAAUGCCAACACUACUGCUACUACUAAAACACCGCCUUCGAGUUUCACUUACUCUCCAUUGACAUCUCCUUCUUCUUCUCCAAUGAUAUCUUCUUCUCCUGCCACCUCUCCUACUACUUCAGCUCGACCACCACUGCCGCCGCCACCUGUCGUUGUUAGCCCAUGCGCCGCCUGCAAGACCCUUCGGCGCCGAUGUGUGGAGAGGUGUGUUUUAGCUCCAUAUUUCCCUCCUUCCGAUCCUAUAAAGUUCACUAUUGCCCAUAGAGUCUUUGGAGCCAGCAACAUCAUCAAGUUAUUGCAGGACCUUCCAGAUUCUCAGAGGGCAGAUGCAGUGAGCAGCAUGGUUUAUGAAGCCAAUGCCAGGCUUAGAGACCCGGUGUAUGGCUGCGCUGGAGCAAUUUGCAGUCUUCAGAAACAAGUCACUGAGCUCCAAUCCCAACUAGCCAAAGCCCAAGCUGAGCUCAUCAACAUGCAGAGCCAGCAAGGCAAUUUGGUUGCCCUAAUUUGCAUGAACAUGAGUACUACUACUGCUACCAACACACAGCAAUCUAAAGAAGCAGCAGUAGUACCCAUUUUGCAGCAGCAACAAUCGAAUAAUUUCAAUAUCGAUACGAGUUGUUUUCUUGAUGAGAACAAUCUGGGCUCUGCUUGGGACUGGGAACCUCUUUGGACGUGAUUAAACAGUGCACUAUUUUGGAUGAUCAAUGAUCAUCAGGAUGUAACAUUUAUGUUUAGCCUCUAAACUCCGAUACAACUGCGGAUCCAUGUGAGCUUGAGGCGAAAAAAAAAAAUUUGACUUGGAAGGUAAAGAAAUAAUACUUAGAUGAUAUGAAAAAAAUAUAUAGUACUAAAGCAAUAAUAUUGUCCGUGUGUGAAAUCAGCUUUUGAUAUUUUAUGGGUGUCUGAACUUCAGCUUAUAGUUGACUCUUGUAUGAUAAAG